AUGAGUCUGUUAACAGAGUGGAGGUUACUGAGGGUGGUUUGGAUGGUAUUUGGAAGAAAGGUUGGAACAAAAUCUAAGGUGAAUGCUAAGGGGUCUAGAAUUUCUCUUAAUGAUAUUUCUACGAACAAUCUUAAGGAGAAUAUAAAUAAGAAUGUUGUGUGUCAAAAGGCGAUUGUUCCUCCUAAGAUUAAUUAUGAGGAGUUAACUGCUAAGGGUAAAGCUGUGAUUGGUGGAAAGCUCGUUGUUAACAAGGUUUCUGUCAAUGAACAAUUAGCUAAUUGGGUGAAUGCGCAAAAGCUGUAUAAUGAGAAAUCGCUUCUUUUGCUAUUGAUGGGGUGUUUACCGAUGACAAGAUGGACCUUGUUGAAGAGGACUUAUGAGAGAGUUGACAGAGCUAUGUGUAAUUUGGCUUGGAGAGCUCAGUUUGCAGAGGCCAAUGUGAAGCAUUUGGGGGAAGUACUUGGGAAUGCAUUUAUUGCAUAA